CCAUUUUUGCGUCAACCUCGUUAAGUUUGCGCAUUUACUACUUUUGAACAAAGAUAAAUAUCUAAAUUCGGUUCAGUCAUUUCUGUGCGGCUCACUCCAAAAUUCACCUGUGCCAAAUUUCAUAACAAUUUAACCUACUUGACCAUUCUUUCCUUGCAGCAGCUGAUGGAAAACAGGGUCUUUUUGGUUGCAUUGUUAUUGGUUGCAUUGUUUGUUGCAAUGUUAUUGCUAAGAUUACAUAUAAAUAUAGAUAUAUACAUACAUAUAUAUUAUAUUUUAGGCCCGGGACUUUAACGUGUAAAUUAAGAUUAAUUAAUUACACAAAAAAUAACGCGUUAGACAUUUUUAACGCAUUUUUAUCGCACUUAUUUUUGCACCACGGAACGUUUCUCACUGGACGAGUUUCGGCAGACCGAUUAUACUGGAGCACCAACUACCGUUCAUGACCUCAGACAACAACAACAAACCACAGUGAACAUGAACGAAGGAGCUGAUGAGACCGCUUUGGUUGGCCCCGUGGAUGGGAAAUUUAGUUAUAAAAAACGAACGGAUGAAAGUGUCGAUAAGAGCAUGGUUAUAUGCAAGAUAUGCCACAAGGAAUUCGCAUAUCACCACAGCACAUCGAGCCUCAAGUAUCACCUAAGUGCCAAACAUAUAGCAGCUAGCGUGGAUGUAAGCCCGUCUCAGAGUACUUCGAGGACCCACACUCAACCCACACUCCACCAGAUGACUGGUUUAAGGACCAAGGUAACUAAGUCCACGUCUGAAAAAAUAACCAACGGCCUGGCUCACUGGAUUGCACUCGACUGUAGACCACUUGGAGUGGUUGAAGAUAAGGGCCUGCAAAAUGUACUACAGAUUGCGUCGUCUGACACAACAUACGAGCUGCCAUGCAGAAAGACAGUGACAAAAAGAGUCCAGCAGCUUUAUGACAAUGAAAAGGCAGAUAAAGAGAAUUUAUUGGAGAAAGCCGAGUGUGUUGCCCUGACUGGGGAUCAUUGGACCUCGGUAAGCAAUUCAAAUUACCUCGGUGUGACGGCAGACUUUAUUGACGUCAAGUGGCGUCUUCACUCAUUUGCCUUAACAUCCAGAAGACCACCGCUAGGCACUUUGCUGAAAACGUGGCAGAAGAUUUUGAGUCUGUGGCAGAGGCAUGGGAAAUCACACAAAAAGUCACCACAAUCGGAACAGACAGUGCCCCAACGAUGAUGGCUGCAAUGAGACAGCUCACAUUCCAACACAUGCCGUGUGUUGCUCACGUGUUGCAGAGGACCAUCACAGUUUCCCUUGCUGACAUCGGGUUCACAGCCACAUUAGCAAAAUGUCGUAAAAUAGUGGGGCAUUUUAAACACAGCCCCUCAAACACAGAGGAACUGCACAAGGAGCAAAUACAACUAGAACAAGACAAAGAGCCACUGAUACAGGAUGUUUCCACAAGGUGGAAUUCAACACUGUUUAUGAUCUCUCGUCUGCUGCGGAAUCAAGAGGCUGUGAAGCUUACUCUAGCCAAACAGAAGCACAAGCUCACCAUGUUAACAACAGCAGAGUGGGACAGACUGCAGAGGCUGGAGACCCUCCUUAAACCAUGCAGAUAUGUGACUGAGCUCCUUGGGGGGAGACUUAUGUCUCGUGCUCUGUUGUGUUACCUGCUCUGUUGUGUUACCUGCUCUUCGCCACCUGACCCACAUCAUGGAGGUCUCAGAUGAUGACCCAGCCUAUGUGGUGAGGUUCAAGGGUGACUUUAAAAAGGACCUGUCUCAACGCCAAGAUACCCUCAAUCUUGGAUGGCUCAGGGUGGCUACAGCACUCGACCCCCGCUUUAGGGUAUCAUGUGUAAUGGUCUUCUUUGUUUUUUCUCUUUCUUUUUGACCCCCUUUCCCCUGCUCCCCCCUCUUCUCCCCCCCUUCUUUCAUGGGAACCAUGUAUGAAAAUUUAUUUCACCCAUGUUUUACUCUGUAAAUCUGUGAUGUGACAAUAAACCUGAUUCUGAUUCUAAGGACCUAAAGUGUCUACCAAGAGGAGAGCGAGAAGGGGUGUGGACCAGCAUUGAGGCACUCUUUCGAAUAGAACCAAACAGAGCCACUCCAGAACCCACAGAGGAGCCAGCAAG